AUUUUAAACUCUCGCUAUACGUGGCACAAAGGAGCGCCAUAUUUAGAAACAUUCUACAGAGUGACUGACAGCUGCUGAAUGUGAUGUAAAGAUCAAGGUUAUUUCAAUCAAACAGCUGCCACAGAUGACCAUAAGACUGCAGUAAAGGCCAGUAGAGAUCUGCCACAUCAAGUUACAGGAAUUAACUUGGAUAGUCUAGAUGACCACAACAGCAUGGCCAGUGUAGAGGAUAGUCUAGAUGACCACAACAGUAUGGCCAGUGGAGAGGAUAGUCUAGACGACCACAACAGUAGGGCGAGUGGAGAGGAUAGUCUAGACGACCACAACAGUAAGGCCAGUGUAGAGGACAUCUCAACAUAUUUUACAGGUACACAUGAAGUACAAGAAUGUCUUGAAGGUCAAGGUGAGGUAGAUUUACACACACACCUGGCAAGUUGUGAGAAAAAUCCUGGCCACAACAACUUUGUACCUGUAAAUCAAUUAAGUCUUGAACAUUUUCCUCCUGGUUACCAUGACAACGAUGUGUAUGACCUCACAAAAGUCCUGGCUGAUGUAAUGGUCAGGAUAGCCGUUAAGUUUACCAGUCCAGACAGACCAGAGUUUGUAGAAGGCGCUGAAGAUCCAUAUCCGUGCUACAACACCAGGGGACAGAACUCACUACAUACAGGGACUGGGAGGAUGAUCAAGUGCACAAAGGGAAUGAAACGGCCCACCGACAUAACUUGUCCAUGUCCUGAAUGUGACCACUCGGACACACCCAGCAAAGUGUGGUGGGAGGUUCAUGUGUUGACAGCCAGGCAUGUGCUUUUUGAUGAUAGUGAGGCGAGACAGUCCAGCUGUAGGUUGUGGUUUGAUGAUGAUAAAAGUCCAGUGGUCAAGAUUUAUGGGUGGAAGGUGGGUUUGCUUUCAGUCACUGAGAGAGACAUGUGUGUGUUGUAUUGUGUGACACAUGAAGUAGUUGUAGCUGAUAAACUGGAGGAGAUGGUGAGGCGGUUUGUUUAUCUACGUGAUAAAGUAAGGGACAAAUACGAGAGUCGUAGAGGUGUGGACAAGCUGACCAUUAUAGUGUCACAUCCUCAUGGCUGUUCUAAGCAGGUCUCUGUAGGUCACUGGGUGGACAGGCAGGUGGUGAGGGGUAACUUAACCAGGUAUACGUACACAACGUGUACCUGUCCAGGUAGCAGUGGAGCUUGGGUCUACAGACUGGGGUGUGACUGGUGGUCUGGCCAUCCCCACAGUGGAGCUAAGUCCGGUGGAUUAAAUUAUAGUGGGGUGUGGGGGGACUUUUAGUUGUCUGCUCUUGUAUAGAAUGUAAACAAACAUGGCACCUGUUGAAUGUCUGCUCUUAAAUUAUUUCUUGACAUUAUUGUAGAGCUUUAUUAAACUUUUAAUCAAUUAUCUCGUUAUUUUUAUCAGAGAAAAAGUUGUUGAUUGUUUAAUUGGGAGUAGAGAAAAAAACGAUCUCACAAA